CCUUCUCUUCUACUACCACCCCUCCCCCGCCUUCGUGAUUGCGUGUCGUCGCCUCGCCUUGCCUCGCGCCUCCGCUACUGCUUGUCUGCUGCUGCUAUUACCACAUCGUGGGAGAGGAGAGGGGAGGCCCAGCGCGAAGGCGUGCGAGAGGGGAGGGAGGUGGAGGUGGAGGCGUUUUGUUUCUCGUGUGAAGUGUGCUUCGUUCAGGCUCACGUUUUCCGAGGGCGACGGCGACUUGCUGUGGGGCGCGGAGAAAAUCUAGCAAGGCGUCGGAGUUGGGCGGGCGCGCGGACGGACUGCUCUGCUUCUGAAGGGGGGAGAGUAUCUGUAGUUUCUUGCGAUGGCCGAGAUCUGCUGCGAGGAGGCCAAGUCGCCGCCGACCACCGUCUCGGCGGCCGCUGUAGCGGCAGCGGUCUCAGCGUCGUCGGCUGCAGCCGCCGUCUCCUCGGCGAUAGACAGGCGGCGCCGUCGGAUGGAAAUGAGGCGGUUCCGCAUCGCAAGUGAUCUCGAGCUGGCAACCGGAGAGGACGCGCGCCCCGGGAAGCGGCAGAGGCUGGCGCGCACGGUGUCUGGCGCCACGGGCUCUGACGGGGAUUCGGUGUCUCAGCGGCCGAGCUGUGGUUGUACGGAAGAGUUCCCGAGGUACGGGGUCACCGCCGUCUGCGGCCGCCGUCGCGAGAUGGAAGAUGCGGUGUCCAUCAGACCGGAUUUCUUGCUUGAUUCCGGCAAGCAUCAUUUUUACGGCGUCUUCGACGGCCAUGGCUGCUCCCAUGUUGCGACGGCAUGCCAGGAAAGGAUGCACGAGCUGGUCGCGGAGGAGCACAGCAAAGCGGGCUCUGGCGAAGUGGCCCCGUGGAAGGAUGUGAUGGAGAGGAGCUUCGCGCGGAUGGACGGGGAGGUCGCUAACCGGGCGUCCACACGCAGCGACCAAGAGCCCGACUGCCCGUGCGAGCAGCAGACGCCUUCGCGUCGCGACCACGCGGGUUCCACCGCCGUCGUCGCCGUUGUCACGCCAACACAGGUUGUCGUCGCCAACGCCGGGGACUCCCGCGCCGUCCUCUCUCGUGCCGGCGUCCCCGUCGCGCUCUCCGUUGACCACAAACCUGAUCGUCCCGACGAGCUGGAACGAAUCGAGGCGGCGGGCGGCCGCGUCAUUUACUGGGACGGCGCCCGGGUGCUCGGCGUCCUCGCCAUGUCUCGAGCCAUCGGGGAUGGAUACCUUAAGCCGUACGUGACGUCGGAGCCGGAGGUGACCGUGACGGAGCGCACCGACGACGACGAGUGCCUGAUCCUGGCCAGCGACGGGCUAUGGGACGUUGUAACCAACGAGAUGGCGUGUGAGGUCGUGAAGGCGUGCUUCCACAACAAUGGUCCGCCGGCACCGGCCGCGCGGCCGGUCGGCGUGCCCCCAUCAGCCGAGGUGGAAGCCGAGGACGGAGACGCAUCGGUGAAGGGGAUAAACAGAGCGGAGUCCGACAAGGCGUGCUCCGACGCGGCCAUGCUGCUAACGAAGUUGGCGCUGGCGCGGCGGAGCGCGGACAAUGUCAGCGUCGUCGUCGUAGAUCUCCGCCGGGGAUUUUGAUUCUUGGCGCAUUAUUCUAAUGCUCCAUGAUUGUUUUCUUUACUUUUUAAAUCUAAGCUAUUUUUUCCUUUAAAUAUCUUCCUUCCUUUUUUUGUUUAUUAGUUUUAGUGUUACUAGCAGCUCCUACCAAGAUGAAUGAAUAUAAUAGCCUCUCUUUCUUUUUUUCACAAACGCGAACCGGGCAGAUAACCACAAGAGGGAUUGUAACCGGAAGAUUUUGGAAUCAAGAA